AUGCGCAGCCAAAUCUCAAUCGCCCUGGCAUUCGCGGCUGUGGUCUUGGCCUGCCAGCGCGACCUGCUUCUCGAACAGCGACACACCCAUCGCAAGCGGAUCACCAAGCGCGCGGACGACCAAUGGCCCCCGGUCUUGACGGAAGAAGAGACCGUUCUCGUAAACGCGUUCGACAAUGUCACCAUUGACCAGUGGUCCGACUACUACGGCCACCAAGUCAAGCUCGCAGGUCUUGGCAAAGAAGCCGCCGAGUGGACCGCUGAGCAGUGGAACAAGAAUGGCUUCGACGCGCAUCUUAACGAAUACCACGUCUACCUGAGCUACCCGGUCCAUGCUUCGCUGCAGAUAACAUACGCGAAUGGCUCGACGGAAGAUGUCAGGCUCGAUGAGGACGUCCUGGAAGAGGACGAUGUGACGGGCCGACCCGAUAACCAGCCUACUUUCCAUGGGUACUCGGCGUCUGGAGAUGUUACGGGCGAAUAUGUCUAUGUUGGACGAGGUUCUCAAGCCGACUUCGAUCGCCUAGUCGAGCUCGGUGUUGAACUCGAAGGCAAGAUUGCUCUGGCCAGAUACGGCGGACUCUUCCGAGGCCUGAAAGUCAAGAACGCGCAGGACCAUGGCAUGAUUGGCGCCGUGAUAUUCACAGAUCCAGCUGACGAUGGGAACAUUACCGUCGCCAAUGGCUAUGAGUCGUAUCCCAAUGGUCCUGCCAGAAACCCAAGCGCCGUUCAAAAGGGUUCCGUUCUAUUCCUUUCCACGAACCCCGGCGACCCGACCACGCCAGGCUACGCAUCUCACGAGGGGGUUGACCGCGCUGACAUCUCUCCCGUCACACCCAAGAUUCCAUCCAUCCCCAUCUCCUAUGCCUCUGCCGAGCCUCUGCUGCAGGCUUUGAACGGGUUUGGAUUCACUCCGGACGAAGUCAACCGUACAAUCUGGGCGGGAAGCUUGGAUGCUGAUUACAGCACUGGCCCAGCCCCAGGAGUCACGCUUCACCUUGACAACUUGAUGGAAGGAAAAAUAACCCCAAUUUGGAAUGUUAUUGGUCACAUCAACGGCACCAACCCUGAUGAGACCAUCGUGAUUGGAAACCAUCGCGAUACCUGGAUGAUCGGUGGCAACGGAGACCCCAAUUCUGGCUCCGCUAUCCUCGUUGAGUUCACCAAGGCGAUUGGAGUCCUCCGUUCCAAGGGCUGGGUCCCGAGGAGAAACAUGCAAGUCGUCAUUGCUUCCUGGGAUGCUGAGGAGUACGGCCUAAUCGGAAGCACGGAAUGGGUUGAGGACAACGUCAACUGGCUGACUGAGAGCGCCGUCGCCUAUCUGAACAUCGACGUUGCCGUUUCGGGUCCUCGUCCUAAUCUAGCAGCUACGCCCGAGUUGCAUACACUUGCCACUGAGACUUUCAAGAAGAUCAUCUACCCCAACUUCGGCGGUUUCAAUAUCAGUCUCUAUGACGCAUGGGAAGAAGCGUCCGGCGGCCUUGUAGAACCACUAGGAAGUGGCAGUGACUACACUGCCUUCCUACACAAAGGCAUCAGCUCGCUCGACGUUGGCUCCGGUGGCGGCGCAACAGAUCCGAUCUGGCAUUAUCAUUCUAACUAUGACAGCUACGCUUGGAUGUCCAAAUUUGGCGAUCCUGGCUUCCUGGUUCAUGCUGCAAUCGGCCAAUAUCUUGCCCUCCUCGCCUACCACUUGGCGGACGACGAGAUCCUCCCAAUUGACCUGCCGAACUACGCCUCAGAACUGAGCUCUUACCUCGAAGAUUUGACGGAAUUCGUCGCUUCUGAGGGCCAGGAGCUGGACUUGUCUGAAUUAUCUGACGCCAUUGACGAGUUCGCCAAACGAGCCGACGAGGUCAAGGCCUUGGAGCAACUUGCAGUGACGACCAACGACACAGACCUCAUUACAGUGAUCAACCACAAGUACCGUGAUUUCCAGCGUGGCUUUAUCAGUCAGGGAGGCCUGCCCAACCGAGAGUUCUUCAAGCAUGUGGUCACUGCCCCAGGCCUGGACACCGGGUAUGCUGCCGUCUUGUUCCCAGGCAUUACGGAGGGCGUGCAGUAUGGGGAUGGGAACCUCACGGUAGCUGAGGAGUGGGUGUCUAAGACGGCGCGCGGGAUUCUUCGCGCCGCUGAGAUCAUCAAAACGUGA